UGACUCAGCUGAUUCUGGGAUGGACUGCCUUGCUCAGUGGCCUGCGACCAGCUGCUCCCUCUGUCACAAGCAGUUUCACAUCUGGCAGAAACCACAGCGAGCUCAUGGCACGGAAGUGUGAACUCUUCUUCCCUCCUCCUCUUCCUCCUCCUUUGUUUCCUCCCAUCCAAUGGAAGGCAGAGCUGAUGGUCGAUAUAACGCGACAUAUCACAGGACCCAGAGGGGAAAAGGGCUGUCGAGGACCGAGAGGACCCGAGGGAGAACCUGGAAGAACGGGUGCAGAAGGAGAACCAGGACCAGUGGGAGUCAUGGGUCAACCGGGACCAAAGGGAGAGAAGGGCAACAGAGGCUGGCGGGGACUUUACGGAGACGCAGGAACUCCUGGGACCAUAAAGGGCACUAAAGGCUUUAAAGGAUCCAGGGGUGAUAAAGGUCUGAAAGGAAGCCAGGGAGCUGCAGGAGUAAAGGGUCGGCAUGGCAUCUCUGGGUUAGCAGGAGAAAAGGGGGACCUGGGCCUGCGUGGUGAUCCUGGCCACAGGGGGGCGCAAGGACCGAGAGGAGAACCUGGAGGCAGAGGAACCAUGGGUUUGAAGGGAUUUCAUGGGCCUCUGGGGAACCCGGGUCAUUCUGGUCCAGCAGGAGAACCUGGUCUCACUGGGAACCCUGGAUCACCUGGACAAGUUUACAUUGUUCCAGGUCUGCAGGGAGACACAGGAAACCGGGGCCCGUCAGCCACAUGUGACUGUGCACGCGUUCAAACACCAGAGCGACUGAUGGACAAGGUUCAGACGAUUUUUAUCGCAGACGGGGAGAAGCAGAUGAGGAAGCUGCGUGGGGAGAACGUGAUGGUGCUGCGGACAGACCGCCGGGCUCUCUACAUCUACUCUCAGUCCCAGUGGAUCAACGUUCUGGAGGAGCCCAGACACUGACCUGCAGCACUGAAGUUCCUCCGAGCAAGGCACGUCCUCUCAUGUGACACACUUUUACUGCUUGGAUUGAGGUUGCACAAAGGAGAAGAGGCUGCACCUUGCAAUUAUUUUCAUGGUGAUGUAGUUGUUUGGUUUAUUAAAUGUCAGAAACUGUUGGUCAGUGU